AUGGAGCAGUACGAACAGUACAUAGCACUUAGAAAAGAAUUUCUUAGUGAAGCAAAACUUUAUCUAACACGAUCAGAUGUGAUUGCAUUAAAAAUUCGUCAUCAGCAAGCCAUAAAUUCUGUAAGGACAUAUGAGUCUAUUGAAAAUAUUGAACAGCUAGUCAGAGUUCUUGAGAAAAGAGGGGUGAUCCGUUAUGACAAAAUACAACUGUUGAAGAAUAUUGCUCAAAACUUUCCCCAUCAUUCUAUGAUUAACACAAAAUUUAAUAAGUACAUGGCUUGGCUGGAAAACUAUACUCCAUAUCCACCAGAAACCAAUUUGUACCAAUGUUCGAACGUGCAUUAUAUACCUGAACCAUCUGCGCCGCCCUCACAAGUCGUUAAUCCUGGUUUUGCCGAAGGAUCUAGAAUUCCAUAUGCCAGGAACGAUCCGAACAAAGAAACUGAAAUACGAAACACUCCAGACAGACAAAAUUAUCAAUGGUAUCCAUCCACGUCUGAAUCUGUAAUGUAUCCUUCAUAUUCACAAACUCAGCCAGAAAACCAACAGAAAAUUAUGUAUAUGGUGUUCAACAGAGUGAGUGAAGCAUUAGGCAAAUCAUGGCGUGAUGUGGCCAGAUAUCUCGAUGUCAGGGAGGGUGACAUCGACCGUAUUGACACGCAGUUCAAUUCUGAUUCUAAAGAAAAGGCCUUCGCAGCAUUGAAAAUGUUUGCUGCUAAAAGUGAUUUGUCUUACUGGUCGAUGAACUUGAAGAAUGCGUUAGAAAAGGCAAGACGUAAGGAUCUCAGAAACCUGGUCGACGAUCUACUAACUCGGAAAUAUUGAACAUCGUAGAGACAGAGCAGUUGUACGUGUGUUUCUUCUGUAUUAAGUUGCAUAUAGUUUCAGCAUAAUACUUCUUUCAAACACAAAAAGACUCCGAUGAGCGAAAUUUUUCACGCUGUAAAUAAUGAUAUUUUUCUGAUCCAUAUGGGUAUUGUAAUAAUAGCUAUGUCUAAAACCGUGUGCUCGAUAUUUUUGUUUUUAUCUUGAUAUGUAAUGUUGGCGUAUGUAAGUAUGGUACAAACGAAUAUUUGGCCUACUGAGGAUAUAUUACGAUAAUAUGUGUACAUUUACGUCUACGUAAUAAUGUAAAUCCGGACUGUGCUUUUUUUUCUUUCACACGUUUAUUAUCAACAAAUUGUUGAAUAUUUAUCUGCGUAUAUUUUUAGUUUCACGUCCAAAUACAUAGUAUAUUCGCAUAGUGACAAAUUCAGAAGCAGGUAACAGAAAAUGAAGUAUAAUGUAACAGUUUUAACAGGGAAGUAAACAGUAAAUAAAUUGACAAGGCAACAUUUAUAAUUGGCAUGCUGUAUUACAUACGCUGACAAUUUUCAUAACAUAGUAGUUCACUGAAAAAUAAAGAUAUAUUCUCUAUCGUUACCAGUUUCAAGCAGAUUCGUAUAGUAUAAAUGGAAGUGAAAAUGCAACUAAACUAGUAAUGGACUGAGAAAUUAUUUUGCUUUUGCUGGCUGCUGCAUUUCGGUUAUUUAUGUAUUUCAGUUCUGAGUGGAAGAUUCCUGUUAAAUUCUUUUGAUUCGAAAAUUUCUAAACCACUAAUUUUAGGUAGUAAUUAGAUAAUUAUUUCACGAAUCCUAUUAUACAUCAGGGAGGGUAUAUAACAAAGGAUUGUGAGAAAAGAAUAACUUUAUUCCACAUAUGACUUGACUAUACCUUUGUGUACAGAUUCUUUCACAUAUUCUUAUAAAAGAAAAAUUAUAUAUAUAGGGAAAAAAAAUACAGCAGCCUGCGCUAAUGUCCUCUGGGUAAAUAACUGUGAGAACAAGUUAUAUAUAUCAAUGUAAAAUUUUAUACUAACAAAUCUUGCAUUUAGUUAUAUAAUAACUCAUUUAUUAACCAUCACUCAGUCGCGUAUUAUGAGAGGAAACAUGAUUACGUCAACAUAAUUUUUGGAGGGCGCAAUAGGGGAAGGGACUGCUUAUUUCUUUGCUCAGCCAUUCACUAGUUCUGUACAUGUGUAUAUUCCUCUCCUGAAUACAGACAGUUGAAUUCAGAUGAUCCAUAAAUAUAUCUAUUAGAUAAUUUGCUUUGCAAUUAUUUGUUAUUCGAAUGGUUGGGGUCAGGAAAUGUGAGGAUGAUGUAUAGUAAUAAUAGAAAAGGGCUGUGGUUAAACCGAAUAAGUGUUCUUCGUGACGCUUCCUGCUUUAGCCAUGGUGUCUUUAUGAAUUUGGUAGCCUAUUUGCACCCUUGGUGCAAUCCGCAGUCUUUCCUUUAGUUUGCGCCUGCAAUAAUAAUAUUAAAGGUUAUACGGCACAUUAAGGAAAACUGCAGUUUCCAAUUCUGGUUUAAUUAGAAAAAUAUCUUACCCGAUUUCCAAUACGCUUUGACCCCUGUUUGCAUCUGCUGUCCAUACACCAAUUUUGUCACCUUUUGGUCUUACGUUGACCACAGCUCCACAUACAUCAUCAGAGAACUCGUUAAAUGCUUCACCAAUCAUACAGAGAAGAA